AUGGGGGAGUGGGCGUUCCUCGGCUCGCUGCUGGACGCCGUGCAGCUGCAGUCGCCGCUCGUGGGUCGCCUCUGGCUGGUGAUCAUGUUGAUCUUCCGCAUCCUGGUGCUGGCCACGGUGGGCGGCGCCGUGUUCGAGGACGAGCAGGAGGAGUUCGUGUGCAACACGCUGCAGCCGGGCUGUCGUCAGACCUGCUACGACCGCGCCUUCCCGGUCUCCCAUUACCGCUUCUGGCUCUUCCACAUCCUGCUGCUGUCGGCGCCGCCGGUGCUGUUCGUCAUCUACUCCAUGCACCAGGCCAGCAAGGAGGGGGGCGGCGCGCGCAGCCUGCCCGAGAGCCCGUGCGCGCGCAGCCUGCCCGAGAGCCCGUGCGCGCCGUGCGUCGUGCGCGCCCGCCGCGCGCGCCGCUGCUACGUGCUCAGCGUGGCGCUGCGCCUGCUGGCCGAGCUCGCCUUCCUGGGCGGCCAGACGCUGCUCUACGGCUUCCGCGUGGCCCCGCACUUCGCGUGCACCGGGCCGCCCUGCCCGCACACGGUCGACUGCUUCGUGAGCCGCCCCACCGAGAAGACCGUCUUCGUGGUCUUCUACUUCGCCGUCGGGCUGCUGUCGGCGCUGCUCAGCGUGGCCGAGCUGGGCCACCUGCUCUGGAAGGACCGGCGCCGCCCGCGCGCCGCCGGCAGCGCCGCCGGGGAGUGCGACAACCGCUGCAACCGCGCGCACGAGGAGGCGCGGAAGCUGCUCCCGCCGCCGCCGCCCGCGCUGCCCUCGCGACGCCCGGACCCAGACCCCUUCGGCCCGCCCGCCUACGCGCACGGCACGCCGGCGGGAGACAGCGAGGGCGAGGGCGGCAGCGCCCGCAGCAAGACGUCGUUAGCUACCGUCGCACGUCAGGACUUGGCCAUCUAGUAACGUGCCGUGUCCUGCCCCGGGGCGCAUGGAUGGUGGGGGUCCCAGGCCCUCGGAUGGGGGCUCCUGGCCGCAGAAUUGAGUCCUCAUGGACUGUCCUGGGACCCUUGCCCGAGCCGAAGACGCGUGCACUGUGAUCAGUAAACAUCGCAAUUCCCAGGGCCUUUCUUCCGUGCCGGGGAUCCAGGCCGACAGUGGGCCUGGGAGGAAGGGAACCGGAGGACAGCCGGGGACCUGGUUAUUGUACCGAGGACGAAAAUCAACUGUGAUGCCAGCUUCCCCCGAUCCCCUCCCUUGUUCAGAGGAGUGGCUGUGUGUGUGCACACAUGCACACCUGAACACACUGGUGCGCGCACAUGUGUACACACAGAUACAUACCUCUUGGGUCAGUUGUGCACUUCUGCAUUCAUGUGUGCACAGGCAUAUAUGUGUGUGUUACAUGAGCUGUGUGCUUGCAUAUGAGCACACGUGCAUCCUGCACGGCCUGUCUGUGAACUGAUAAGCAUGGAUGGCUAGGAUCCGAUGCCCGAAACAGCCACAGUUGCUUCUUUCCUAUGUCCCUAAUGCAGCCACCCAGGAGGACAUCCCAGGAAGGUGUCUUCUCGCAGGAAGGAGCAGGGAGGGUGGAUACUCCUCCCUCUGUCCUGCAGGUGUGUGAGCACAUCUUUGCUCUCCGCCCAGCUGCCAGGCAGGGUGGAUGUGGGCUGGAGAGCAGGACAUACCAGGAUGGCUCCUGUCUUCCCUCUUCGCCUUCCUGACCAUUGUCAUUCCCCGAGUCUAUAAACAGGAUCGAGCCCCCUCCUCAAGGAAACACUUCGGAACCAGAUGCUUGCUCCUGGCCCCCCUCUCCUACCCCAGACUUUAAAAGUCUCUUCCUUCUCCAUCACCUCCAUGAUGUCACUCUCCCUAAGGGCACAGGACCACGUGACAAAUCCUGACUAAUCUGGGGACCACUAUCUUCUGCCAGCUGGGGCGCCAUCAGACCCAGCUACCCAGGCCCUGCCUUCAGCCACCACACCCCACGCAAGAUCUUACCGAAUUUCCACUCUGGCCUUUCGAGCACAUCUCCUGAGGGCCUUCUGAAUAGCCUACUUGGUCUUCUGGGUUCUCCCCUGCCCUUGAGGGUACAGCCAGGCCUUUGCCUCAGGGCUCCUGCACAUCGAACCCACUUGGUCAGGCCUCCAGCCAUCACACUGGCUAAAGCAGGCAGAAGCUUUCGUUUCUAACAAGUGCAGUGGCGACAUCUGCUGCAGAGUUUGGACACACUGUUCCUUGCAGGGGCAGCCUGACUCUGCAGCCCUCUCCUCUCACCACCUACUGCUACCUGCUCACCUUUUAGCCUCCCUUGGAAAACAAAGGCCUCCAGAAGGGGCCUCCCGUGUCCUAAGUUGGAGUCGAUGAAGUCUUUCCGGGACAGCCCUUCUGCUGGAUGACCACUCUGUCCCCUGGGCGUGGUACAUGGCAGGUGUGUUGAGUGAGAAACCUCAAUGGGACCUGUCUACCUGCUCUCCUGUCCACCUUCAGCUCACCUUCCGCGAUUCCUCUGAGCCCUUCAUCUCACCACCGCCAGUGUCUGCUCUUCACCCCUGCAGAGGCUGUCCAAGGUCAUUGAGGUCCUCACAGCCUCUUUCCCCAUCCCGCUAAGCUCCACCUGGAUGCCUGGCUUGCUGACUUAAAUCUCUCCUCAAGAACAGAGUCCUGUUCUUGCUCCUCCUGUCCUAGCCUCCACAGCCUCACCUCUAGCACCAUCACCCUAAGAACCAGAAGUGGUGAAAACGCAGAAAUGCUGACAAACUGAUUAUUGCAAGCUGCCUGGCAGCCUUGUUCCCUGCCCAGCUUUUGCCCCCAGAGCUGGUCAAGAGGGACUGCCUCAAUCAGAAAGACCCUUGAGCCUCGGGUCUGAGCAGACGCCUCUGCCCUGCACUCGUCACCAUCCUCUGGGUUCAUCUCCCUGUGGAGGGUGUGCUCGGGUGCAACACAGACCUUGUGAUUCUGCAGCAGUGCUCCUCAACUGGCGGCGACACUCACCCCCCCAGGGGACGUUGGCAAAGUCUGGAAAGACCUUUGUUUGUUACAGCUUGGCAGCUGGGGGUGUAGUGAGAGCCUGGUUAGUGUGCAUGUGGCCUUGAAUUACAUCCCAAACUUGGGCGUGGUGCAGCAUACCUGUAAUCCCAGGCAGAAGCCAACCUGGGAUACCCGUCACCCUGUCUCAAGAUGAGAGAGAAGCUGGGCAUGGUGGCGCACGUUUUUAAUCCCAGCACUCAGGAGGCAGAGGGAGGAGGAUCCUUGUUAAUUCGAGGCCACCCUAAAAUUACAUAGUGAAUUCCAGGUCAGC